CUCUCAACACCCCCCACCCAUCUUCGCCUCCUCCCCGACCCCGAGCGCUCGCGAACCUGCGGCGAGCACCACCGCCGUAUCCGCGCCGCGCAGAUCCGCCCGAUUCGCACGGCCCCAGGCGAGCGCACCUGUACGGACGACGCGAGCGCUAGCUUCCGCCCACCCCGCCGGCAAGUGGCUCCCGGAUCGCGCGCCAGCCUGCCGGGGCGCAGUGCCGGGUUGAUUCGGCCGAAUCCGGUGGAAUUCGCCGUGGCGUGGUGCGAAAUCGGGUGAGUUCUGUCGGGUUCCGUGUUGGGCCGGUGCUUUCGGAGGUCGGGCGGCCGGAAAUGGCGCCGGGGGUGGUUCUAGGGUUAGGUUUUGUUGCUUUGGCGUGAGGGAAUGGCGGACGGAGGGCGGAUGAAGGCCGUGGAGGGCAACGGGGACGGGGAGGAGAAGGAUGAGGACGCGCGGGAGGAGCUGGAGCUUGCGCUGUCGCUGGGGCGGCGGGGCUGGCACCUGCCGCCUCCGCGGCAGGAGCCUGCGCCCCGCUCUCUGAACUGGACGGUGGCUUUUUCGGAGUGGAACCCCGACGCGGCCGGGAGCUCGCGGGCUGCGGAGAGGGCUCCGGUUGGACAACCCAUCCCGUCGCUCGGGUUCGGUGACAGGUUGGGUUGCGUCAUCCUAGACGGCGCCCAUGCAGGUGGCAGUGCGGAGGCUGGGUGGGAGGACGGGGACGAAGAGGAUGAAGACAGAGACCUGCAGAAUAAACGGCUCAGAGUGCGUGGCUUUGACGAAGGAAGCCCACAGCAUUCUGGUGUCAAUGAUACCUCCUUCAGCUCUGAAUCACCAUUUUUGCCCAUUUCUGAUGAACAUGUUCAUUUCAAUCUGUCACGUUGCCCAGAACAUGAAUUAGAAUUUGGCUUGUCACUUUUCCCAAAUGAUGGCAGUGGUGAGAGCCCUAGGGAUGCCCCUAAUGAGAGAGUUGAUGAUAUAGAAAAAUCAGGUGGAAGAAAUUCUGAAGAUGUUGGAAUAAGAAUGGAUCUCUCUGAUGAUCUCCUGCACCUGAUAUUCUCUUUCUUGGGCCAGAAGGAUUUAUGCAGGGCAGGUGUUUCCUGCAAACAGUGGCGAUCUGCUAGUAUGCAUGAGGAUUUUUGGAAGUGUUUGAAGUUUGAGAACACUAGGAUAUCUCUGCAGAACUUUGUUGAUAUCUGCCAUCGUUACCAGAAUGUUACAGACCUCAAUUUGUAUGGUGUCAUAAAUGCUGAAGCACUAGUGAUGGAAGCAAUAAUGUGCUUAAGGCAUAUGAAGUCCUUAACAAUGGGCAAGGGACAAUUGGGAGAGGCAUUUUUUCAUGCUUUGGCUGAGUGCCCAUUAUUGACUACUUUAACAGUAACUGAUGCAUCUCUUGGGAGUGGCAUCCAAGAAGUAACUGUUAAUCAUGAUGGAUUGCGUGAACUUCAAAUUUUGAAGUGCCGUGCACUCAGAAUAUCUGUCAGGUGUUCCCAACUUCAAAUACUAUCUUUGAGGCGAACUGGCAUGGCUCAUGUAUCACUCAGCUGUCCUCAGUUGCGUGAAUUGGAUUUCCAGUCCUGCCACAAGCUUUCUGACACUGCAGUUCGUCAAGCUUCUACAGCUUGUCCGUUGUUGGCGAAACUAGAUAUGUCAUCUUGUUCCUGUGUUACUGAUGAGACACUGCGUGACAUAGCUGGUUCGUGUCCAAAUCUUUCUGUUCUUGAUGCAUCUAACUGCCCGAACAUUUCAUUUGAGUCGGUGAGGCUUCCAAUGUUGAUAGACUUGAGUCUGCUAAGUUGUGAAGGAAUCACAUCUGCUUCCAUGGCUGCAAUAGCUUAUAGUCGUCUGCUUGAGGUUUUGCAUCUUGAUAAUUGCAGUCUGUUGACUUCAGUGUCUUUGGACUUGCCACAUCUUAGGAAUAUAAGUCUUGUGCACUUGCGCAAGUUUGCUGAUUUGAAUUUGCGAAGUCCUGUGCUUUCUUUCAUCAAAGUUUCCAGAUGUUCAGCGCUUCAUCGUGUUAACAUAACAUCAAGUGUUCUUCAGAAAUUGGUGCUACAAAAACAAGAGAGCCUAUCUAGCUUGACAUUGCAAUGCCAGAACUUGAUUGAUGUGGAUCUUAGUGACUGUGAAUCAUUAACGAAUGCAAUUUGUGAAGUUUUUAGUGAUGGAGGCGGUUGCCCUAUGCUGAGAUCAUUGAUUCUUGACAAUUGUGAGAGUUUGAGCAUCGUGGAACUGAAUAGUAGUUCUUUGGCUAGUCUCUCUCUUGCUGGUUGCCGCUCCAUGACAUUCCUAAAACUCUCUUGCCCAAAUCUGCAAAACGUGAAUCUUGAUGGCUGCGAUCAUCUUGAAAGAGCAUCAUUUUGCCCGGUUGGCCUUGAAUCCCUAAAUCUUGGAAUUUGUCCAAAAUUGAGUGUUCUACAAAUCGAGGCACCAAAUAUGUUUAUAUUGGAGCUGAAGGGUUGCGGUGUGCUUUCCCAGGCUUCUAUCAAUUGCCCUUGCUUGACAUCUUUAGAUGCCUCUUUCUGCAGGCAGCUUGUGGAUGAUUCACUGUCUUGUAUGGCAGAGACAUGCCCUCUGAUGGAACAUCUUAUCUUGUCGUCAUGUCUAUCCAUUGGCAUUGAUGGAUUGUCCUCCUUGCAUUGCCUUCAUAAGCUGACCUUGCUUGACCUGUCCUACACAUUUCUAAUCAACUUAAAGCCUGUUUUUGACAGUUGUCCACAGUUAAAGGUCCUAAAACUCUCUGCCUGCAAGUAUCUCAGUGACUCAUCGUUAGAUGCCCUCUACCGAGAUGGUGCUCUUCCGAUGCUUGUUGAGUUAGAUCUGUCCUACGCAUCCAUUGGGCAGACUUCGAUAGAAGAUCUUCUUGCAUGUUGUACAAAUUUGGUUAAUGUGAACUUGAACGGAUGUACAAACUUGCAAGAAUUGGUGUGCGGAUCAGAUGAUUGCAGUUCUGUUGAUAUGGCAGUUGACUUUUGCCCCCCUGAUUCUGCACCAGUGAAGAGUGAAGAGGUCAGUGGGCGAUCUGGUCGUUUGCUUGAAGUUCUCAAUUGUACCGGAUGUCCAAAUAUUAAGAAAGUUGUUAUUCCUUCAAUGGCAAACUAUCUACAUUUGUCCAAAAUCAAUCUUAAUCUGUCAUCGAACUUGAAGGAAGUGGAUUUGAUGUGCUCCAAUCUUUACAUUUUAAACUUGAGCAACUGUAGCUCAUUGGAGGUUCUGAAGCUUGAUUGCCCAAGAUUGACCAAUCUCCAACUUCUGGCAUGCACCAUGUUGCAAGAGGAGGAACUAGAAUCUGCAAUAUCCCUCUGUAGUGCGUUGGAGAUCCUUAAUGUACACUCUUGUCCAAAGAUCAAUGCUUCGGAUUUUGGCAGGCUCCACAGGGUUUGUCCCAGUCUCAAGCGCAUCCAGAGCAGCCUUAUUGCAUAAUAUUAUGCAGCCCCCAUAUAAAGGGGUGUGCUAUUCAUGCAAAAUAGCCUUUUGCUAUAUCUUGUCCCUUGGUGGACAUGAGCAACUCUAGUUCAGAUUUGAAAAAACAAAACAAAAAAGCCCUCCAUGGCACUCUUGUACAUAGUACCACAGCAUCGCCAGUAUAUUGCAUGGCAGCAUAUAUUAGGAGCCAGGGAGUUAUGCGAGCCUAUUUCACCAGUUGAUUCAUGUCCGGUAAUAAGUAUCUUAGCUUCUGUUGUGUUGUAACUAAAAAACCGUUUGUUUGUUUGUUUGUUUGUUUGUAUUCCAUGUAAUUGGACCGAUGGAGCAAGCAAAUGUGUACUAUGGUUUAUAUGCGUUAAUAAUAUAUCCUGUUUGGAUC